AUGUUAAUCCCAUUUCUAAUCAUCCUUGCAACGUCCUCAGUUGCAUCUGCGGGUCUUUUGCCCUUCUCAUCCAAACAUGUUACAAUCAUCAACAAACUCAUAACAAAAGACACAAUAGUUCUGCAUUGCACGAACAAAGGUGAAGAUAAGGGGGUAGUAUCGCUUGCACCUGGAGCUAGUUUUGAUUUCAGAUUCCGUGUCAACCUCCGCAAAACGACGACAUACACUUGUAGUUUUACGUGGGCUGGCAAGACAUCGACAUUUGAUAUUUUUAGAGCUGAUCGAGAUGAUAACCCAAAUAGUAAAGUUGGAGUUUGCAGCGAAUGCAUUUGGAUCAUUUUCGAGACAGGGCCAUGCAGGGAUAGACGUGAUGGAGGUCAACCUUACUGUUUUGCAUGGACGUCUUAG